AUGUGGCGGCGUCUCUCUUCCGGGGUUGCACGUCGGUUUCAUGUUUCUUCCUGUGGCAGCGUGCUGCAGAACUCUCGCCGCGCGUUGGAGCUGCCCGAUCCGCAGGCGUUGUUGACAUCACCUACGGGUCUUUUUGCCGUUUUGAGUGGGCGCCAGAGAGACACCCCGCCUGGCAGCGCCUCGAUGCCACUAGAGCGAAACGGAGAGGAAGGAGGAAGACGCCGUCGAAAAGGGCGUCGCUUGUCGCCGGAUGGCAAUCGUGUCUCUGCUGGGGGAGGCACGGGAGAUGGCUCUCAUUCAGGCACAGUAUCGAGCGGUGCCCAUCAUGGGACUUUUUUUAACCGUGAAGCCGCUUCAUUGGCGUUGAUGAUUUUGAUUUUAACGGCUCUCUGGGAAGUCAUUAAUUCCCAAAAGGAGCAUCUUGUUAAGAAGAUGAGGGAAAUGUUUUUUCUAACGCUGGAGGUUCGCUCUUCCCGAGAGGAAUUUGCUAUGAUUCUGGAUUGGAUGGGACGACAACCGCAGGGCAGACGGGCGAGGAACAUCUCCCUCAUGCCUAUCUCUAUUCGUGAUGAGAUGUCAGGAGAAGAGGGUAGGCGUGAUGAGUCUGUUGCGGGAAGUGAAUUCGUUCCUGGUUUUGGGAGUCACUAUAUGAAAUUUGGCAACACACGACUUUGGAUCACUCGAACAAUGGACAAUUCAAAACAGUACAAAUCAUCUUCACGCCUGGACCGAGAAGAUGAGAUACUGGAGUUGGUUUUCUUCUCAAGGGAUAGGAAUGUGGUGCAUGAAUUUAUGAAGGAGGUGCGGGCCUCUUGGGAAGAGCAAUCAAAGGGCACCGUUCGCCUUUACUUGCCAAAUGGCUGGGGCAAUAGGUGGGAGCUCCUCUCGAAACGGCUUCGGCGACCACUGUCUACACUUUACCUACCCCGCGAUACGAUUGCGGUGGUUGACGAGACAAAACUUUUUCUUCGAUCUAGGGAACUGUAUAUAUCGCUUGGUGUCCCGUGGCGUCGUGGAUACCUCUUUGAGGGAGUCCCAGGGACAGGGAAAACAAGCUUUAUUCUUGGAUUGGCAAGCGAGUUGUCUCUCCCUAUUUAUCUUCUCUCCCUACAGUCCAAGGACCUGGAUGAUGCAUCACUUCUUGGGCUUAUAAAUUCUGUGCCACCAAAAAGUCUGCUUGUCAUUGAGGAUCUAGAAAAUGCCAUCAAGGCACAUUCUGUUCAUUCCUCGUUGCGGAAUGAAUUUCCCAGGGAGAUUGGUGAGGGACGCGAUUCUGGUGUGUCGCUGAGCGCGCUACUAAACGCCAUUGAUGGCAUCGCAAGUAGUGAGGGAAGGCUGCUUAUUAUAACAGCCAAUGACGCCUCGCGUCUGCCGUCGCCAGAUGCGCUCCUGAGACCUGGUCGUGUUGAUCGACGCGUUUCUUUUGGUCCCCUCGAUCCUGAAAGCAUGAAGGAGAUGGUGAAGUCGUUUCAGUCAAGGUCAGCGGAGCCCUUGUUAAAGGGAGCCUUUACACUUUGGGAAAACGGGUGCUUACCCACAGCAGCACCCACCACCCCCGCGGAGCUGCAAAACGAACUCCUCGCCUCCAUCUACAGGAAAGGGCUUACACAUUGA